CAAGUCACUUCAAUCAACGCCAAUCAACGCUUCGUAUUCAAUCGUGGUGAACGUUAGUCGCUAAAUAUAAAAUAAGUGAAAUUUGUAAAAGCUCGUAUUUUGUAAAUAUUAAACAACUGCACUGUUUAUAAUAAAAAAAAACAAAGGUAAUAAAUAUGAAGAGUCUGGCAGUGGUGUUGAUGCUGGUGGCGGCGGCCAGCGCGGUCAGCUUCUUCGACCUCGUCCGCGAGGAGUGGAACGCCUUCAAGCUGGAACACAAAAAGGAGUACGACAGCGAGGUGGAGGACAAGUUCCGCAUGAAGAUAUUCGCCGAGAACAAGCAUAAGGUGGCGAAGCACAACGCCAAGUACGAGCGCGGCCAGACCAGCUUCAAGCUGAAGCCCAACAAGUACUCCGACAUGCUGCAUCACGAGUUCGUCCAUACAAUGAACGGAUUUAACAGGACUGUCAAGCACAACAAGGGCCUCUACGGCAAGGGCCAGGAGGUCCGCGGCGCUAAGUUCAUAGCGCCCGCCAACGUGAAGCUGCCCGAGCACGUGGACUGGAGGUCACACGGCGCGGUCACUGACGUCAAGGACCAGGGCAAGUGCGGCUCCUGCUGGUCCUUCAGUACUACGGGUGCGCUGGAAGGCCAGCACUUCCGGCAGAGCGGCUACCUGGUCUCCCUCUCGGAGCAGAACCUCAUCGACUGCUCCGCGCCCUACGGGAACAACGGCUGCAACGGAGGCCUCAUGGACAACGCCUUCAAGUACAUUAAGGACAACGGUGGUAUUGACACCGAGAGGACCUACCCGUAUGAAGCUGUUGAUGAUAAGUGCAGAUACAACCCCAAGAACUCUGGUGCCGAUGACGUAGGUUUCGUGGACAUCCCAGAAGGAGAUGAAGAGAAACUAAAAGCAGCCGUGGCCACAAUAGGCCCAGUGUCAGUGGCCAUAGAUGCGUCGCAGGAAUCCUUCCAGAUGUACGCUGAGGGAGUGUACUAUGAUGAGAACUGCUCUUCUUCCAACUUGGACCAUGGGGUACUGGUAGUGGGCUACGGCACGGACGAGCAGGGCGGCGACUACUGGCUGGUGAAGAACUCGUGGGGCCGCUCGUGGGGAGAACUGGGUUACAUCAAGAUGGCGCGCAACAGGGACAACCACUGCGGCAUCGCGUCUGCUGCCUCAUACCCGCUCGUGUAAUGCGAGCUAGCGUCAGUGGGCGUCACACGUGUCAGAAGGCGUCACAGUGAUAUAACACGAUAAAAUCAUCAAGUCGGAUAGGAUAGCGCCAUAUGUGAUACAAAACGUUAGACAAGAUACAACCCGUCACACGUGUUACGACGCAUCACGACACGUAACAAGUUGUGAUUGUCAUCACACACACACACAAUCUAACACAUGCUAUAUAUACUAUGUAGUGUCACAUAAUAUAAAAAUCUUAGCUUACAAAUACGUCUGACGCCUUCACACGUGAUGUGACGCCCAUACAAUCUAUGUAUGCUCUCUCAGUUAGACUAAAAUACUAAACCUUGCGUGUUCAAAGUUUUAUUUUUGUUUGAUUACGUAUCGCGAUUGGGUACAAUGAAACACGCAGUUGGUUACAAUGCGUCUUUAAUUAAAAUUUAUGUUUAAUUGAAGAUAAGUGAAUUAUAAUAAACCAGUCUAUUUAACUAAAUCUCAAUUCAUUUGUUAGUUUUAAGAUAAUUUUAAGAAAUUGUUUGUUUUAAAUGGAGACUUGUGAUAAUGUAGCGUUAUGAUUAUUGUAAAAGUUAAGAUAAUAAAUGAGAAUUUUUAUUUA